CCUUACUGUAUGGUGUUCUGCAUACAACAUUAAUACGCCUCAUACGCUCUGUUUAUUAAAGUCAUUUACGUUAAUUAGCAUAAAACACAGAUAGACAUUGACUUGCACAAUUUAUAACCCUAAAUUCAUCAACGAAUGUGUUUUAUUUUGCAAACUAGUAAUAUUCACAAUGGAUUUUGCUCGCGAUCGUGUGAAUCGAUUAAUAUCGAGGAACACUAACAUACUUAUAGUGCUUUCUGUUGUGGCAUCGAUAGCAGCUGUCCUGCAGACAGUGGGAUACGCUACACCAGGCUGGUUGGUCUUUUCUGGAACGGACCAAGAAAAUGUUACGAUUUCAAUCGGCAUAGGAUUUUGGUAUCAAAGAAUAUGCACCGACAGUUGUGAAACUGGACACAUAGCUAGUACAGCAAUCUGGACCGAAGAUGAAGAGUCGGAAUUUAAAACAUUCAAGUUAAUAGCGACAAUGGCAGCGGUGUGUAGCCUUUUCACUCCCGCUAUAUUACUGGUGUACCUAAGAAGAAUUCGACUUCAAAGGGAUAUUACAACAGUUGCUGGUACAGCAGUGAUCAUUUGCCUUGGUGCUGGAGUCCUUGCGUUGGUAGUUGUUGGUAAAAUAGCAAGCGACGUACACACGGCUUAUGACUUAUGGGUGAAGACGGAGGAUACAGAUUUCAAAUUAGGCCUACUUUACUCCGAAAUGUUGAUGGGACUUGGAGGAGCACUUAACUGUUUGGUUUUCAUCGCGCUGUGCAUCCAGUUAUAUUUCCGGAAGAAGUACAAAAGCUACUUUGUCAGGGAAAAUGACAUUGGAAUGUGAUGGUGAUGUUGCAGUGUUAAGGAUACACUAAGUUGUGAAUUGGCAUUUUUGAUUUUUGUUUUGUUUUCAUUUUAUAUAAAUUCAUGAUACUUUCCUCCAUCAGAUGCCAAAAAUUGAUUUGAAAGUUAAAAUUUAAAACCUUAAUUUGAUGGAAUUACAUGAUAAAUUGUUAACAUUUGACAUGUUUUUACAAUAACCCCUUUCUGAAAAACAGCCAUGCUAUUAAUUUAGUCACGGUAUUUCUGGAACAUCAGCUUAGCAUAUAAAUAAUCAUAAUAUGACAGUCUAAAGCUUUAGAGGGAGGGUGUAUGGAAGGGAGCUGAAUUGCUUUGGUGUAACUGAAAUUAUGUGAGUGAUUUUCGUCAGUUUAAUGUAACGGUUUUUGACUGGCUGUCUUGGUAAUGAGGCCCGGCGAUUUGUUAACAAUGUUAAAACUGUCGACCUAUAAAUAAUGGAAUUGAAGAAUGAAGUAGUCUGAUUCGUUGGCAUAGAAAUAAAAAAAGUUCCGUCAAAAGGAUGAAUCUAAAGAUAAUGUUCACAUAAUACAUUUUCAUCUUUUUUCUCAAAAUAGAAAUGAUUCAAUUUCUUUAUUUAUAAAGGAAAUUGCACAAAAAAUUGGCAGUCUGUUCCCUUGAAGAGUAGGCUGUAAAAGUGUAUCACAGUUUUGUAAUAAAUCUUUACCCUUUUUUUUAAUUGUAUCACUUUUAAUUCAGUGAGGAUGGAAUCGAAGCCCUAAACAUAAUUGUCUCCCACCACACAGUGGUGUGGGAGACAUAUUGAUUUACUCCUGUCUGUGUGUGUGUCUGUCACAAAGCUUGUCCGCACUCUAAGUCGAACAUUUCUCAUCCGAUCUUCACCAAACUUGAACAAAAUGUGUUUGACCAUAAGACCUGGGCCAAGUUCGAUAACUAGACAAAUCGGCCAAGACACUUCGGAAUUAUGGCCCUUGAACAUAAUUACCAACAAUUACCGGCGCAGCAUUGUAGAACGGUUACUCCACUCCGCUACCGCCGAUACAGCAUUGUAGACUGGCGCAGCAUUGUAGACCAGUUACCGCUACCGACACAGCAUUGUAGACCGGCUAAUCCAACAUGUGAAUACCAAUAGGCCACAAACAGUAUACAAUGACGGACUAACUAUUUAGAUGAUUAGGCAGUUGUGGGAGACAUGUGCUUUUCUCAAAAGCACCGCUAGUUGAUUUCUGUGUAACUCUUUUUUUCUGAUACUUUAGACACUUCGGUAGUUUAUGGGAUUCCCACACAACACUCAUUUGAAGUACUAGUGAGAGAGUUGAAUCUGAUUAGAGAUAACAAUAGAGUUGAUCUUAACAGAAUCUUGAUGCAUAAAAUCUUAUUAAAAUAGUACCGUUGCAUAUCUUAAUCUUUCCCCUUCAUUUUGGUAUGCUACACAGUAUGCUUUUUCUUUGGAAAUGUAGAAGAAACCCAUUUGUAAGCAAUAACCCUCACACCUUAGUGUGUCCUUAAAUAUUGAUGACUUUAUAACAAUAAAACGUAUCGAUAACCCCUGUCGUUUGACUGGGGGAAAAACUGUUUCCGGAAAACAUUUGAGAACAGCCGUUGGUAUCCCCACUGUGUUUGUUUGUUUUUGCGUGCGUGCAUGUGUGUGUGUGUGUGUGUGUGUGUGUGUGUGUGUGUUUUACUUGGCGUAUUUUUUUAAUGAUAAAAGCAUAAUAAAAACAACUGUCGAUUUUGUUGGACAGUUUUAUCGGCAAAGAAACCCCCAAUAAACAAGAACAAAUACAUCAAAUGUUAGACACGUAACAUUUAUCAUAUGUGUGGCGAUCGACCGUUAAUGGUAACAAUAACAGAAACAAAAACAAUCCAAGUCCAGUUUAAAGAUAUCCAAUGGCCACCGUUAACUAAGACAUUUAUUUCAAAUGUAGAAAAUCCUCACUAAAUGUAUUCAGCUUAAUUAACUUCAUGUGUAAAGAUCCUCUCUACAGAGACCCUCUGAACAACAAUUCCCUCCUUGCAACAACACUUGCUACUGACUCCAAAAUAUGCUUAUUGUUCUUACUUUUACCCCUCUACAACAACUCCCUCCGAACAACAGCCAAAUUUUCCGUCUCCCAAAGGGUGUUGUUGUAGAGAGGAAGCUCUGUAUUUAUAAUAAAUGACAUGCAGUUAUAGCCGAUAGUUAUAAAAACUUCCAGCUGUACUAGGGCCUCUAUAUUGUUGGGUAAGUUCACAUGGAAGCUCUAGGGUAGAGUAGAGACCGACUCUAUAAUCGAUAACCCACUUGAACGGUAUAAGUUAGUACACCAGUCGUACCUUCCCUGUUGAAGAGCUGAACUCUGCAAACUUCACGGCGAGGUAGGGUUUACUGGUUCCUUGCUUUUCAUCACAGCGCUCAAUGUGCAGGGAAAAAAAGUUUUACAUAUUUUCAGGGCCCAAUUUUUGAUUGGUCAGUUACUUUACUUGUGGGAGUAAGUAUCUUUUACACAACAGCCGACCCUUCCCUAGAGUUCCGAUGUGAACUCACCCGUUUUCGGUUAUUUUGCAUCCCCAAAUGUAGCCGUGUCCGCUACAAGAAGACGGGAAGCAGAAUAUAUCCAAGCGGCAGGAUUUAAGGAGUCCACCAAUUUGUUAAACCUAGUUUGCAUUUUAGUACAGUGAAUUUUUAAUUCGAGGGUGUUUCACGAACAAUAAUAUGAUGACAAAAUGUAAAUCGGUUACAUACAUUAAGAGUUAGGUCCAUGUUUCGGAGAAAAAAAGUUUGAACAACACCAAAUCAUAGAAAGAAAGAAGUGUUUUACAUGAAAACUGAACAGCAUAUAAAACAUGUAUAUUAUUCUAUAAAACCACUGUCAAUUUACUCAUAUAUAUAUUGAAUUCCGGAAAGGGACUGCAUGAAGGAGCCACACUUCUGGACAGUUCAGCGCCUUUAAAAACUCAUCAUUUUUAAAAAGCUGGCAUUCUUUUUUAAAGGGGGGCAACUCCUUUAGAAUAUUUUCAGUACACAAUGUUAUGGGACAGAACAGUAAAGCAUGUAUUAAACAGAUAAGUUGUUUGUAUUUUAAAUCCCAAUAAUUGAGCAUUGUAAUUUUGUUAUAUGCUUAAGUUAAUGUAAAUUGAUAACAGAAGCGUUCAUUUUUUUAAACCUAAUAAACUUUCCUAGAUUGUUAUUAAAUGAACGUACAUCUUGCACGGGAUUCAAACCUCCAAACUUGAAGUCAUACUUACGGUGCAUAUAUUGCUUUUGUCAUAGUUUCAAGAACAGCCAUAUUCAGCUGCUAUAUAUUUUCAAAACAUCAUGAUAUUUUUCAGUCUCUAUUUCAGACAUAUAGACCACUAUGUGUAAAGGAAAUUGUAACAUUUUAGUAAAAUUUGACUCAGAAAUUGCCAUUUUUCGCAAAAAGUAUAGUAUUCCCGUUUCCAUGGUAACCAGAACUGAUUCAUAUCUUUACACCCUUAAUUCUUCAUAUAUGGCUUGAAUAUUAAAAAGGGUGCAAAUAUGAAGUAAUUCUGAGACUAUGAGUUUCCGGCCCCUUCUUUAAUUUUUUUGGUGCUGACAGAGAAUUGAUCUUAAAAUGGUUGAGCAGCUGGCCAUGUUAUAUGUUGUCAUGUUGUUUAUAUCACAAUUUUGUUACCUUCUUGAUAAUUAUUACUUGAGCCAUGCCACGAAAAAACCAACAUAGUGGCUUUGCGACCAGCAUGGAUCCAGACCAGCCUGCGCAUCCGCGCAGUCUGGUCAGAAUCCAUGCUGUUCGCUUCCCAGUCUAUUGUAAUUAGAGAAACAGUUAGUGAACAGCAUGGAUCCUGACCAGACUGCGCGGAUGCCACUAUGUUGGUUUUCUCGUGGCGCGGGUCACUUGUAUUUUGUGGUAAGAUUUCACCUUAUAUAAUACAAAUAUGACAUCUACAGAGAAUGAUAGUUUUUGUUUUUAUUUUAUUGUGUUGGACAUGCUACUGCUACACCUCAACUAGCAAAAGUUAUUCCUUAUUAAAAAGGAAACUUAGAGUUAUACUUUAUUUAGCUAUAUAUAUAAAGCGUGUAUUACUUUAUAUUGUUUAUACACAAAAGCUUGUUAAUUUUAUAUAUACAUGAACUGUUUGCAGUAACUGAUGAUGUUUUCAGAUUCGGAAUUUGGGUCAUAUAUAACUAAAAUCUGGAAAUUAGGAAAUGGCCUGAUUCUACGGUAGAAAGACAUAAUAGUAUGUUUGGUUAUUCGACAAUUUAUUUUGUUUACUAAAUGCAUAAUCAUAUAUAAGAAAGGAGUUUUAUAUACACAUAUAAUUAUGUAUAUAUAAAAAUGCAAAGAAAGUUGAAAAUCAUAAUUAUGGCUUACUGGAUUUUUGCUUCAAAUUUCGGUCUGACUAGUAAUUCCUUCAUGCAAGGAAGCCAUCUAGCUGUCAUGCGAUGUACUAAACUUGUUUACAGCCUCCGCUGAUUACUCAUAUCGGUGAAUGUCUGAAUUGUUUUAUUGUAGAAGUUUUUCGGUUAUUAAUUUACACUUUUGUCAGAGAAAGCCAACUUAACGUGCUGUAAAUAUUCGUUACAACAUGACUUUUGCAUAAAUUAAAAUGUAAAAUGCUGUUUCAGCUUCGUGUCUAGUAAAUUAUAAACUGAUUAAUGGAGCGACUUUAAUUAUCACACCCAGCUAGACGCUGCGAGGCUGAUUAAGUUUUGUAAAUGCACAUUAAUAAACACUAACAUAUUUAGUGUUUGAAAUUAUUUUUUGUUUUCGGAUGACAUCAGAGCAAAUAAAAUCAAUAACUUCUAUACACAUGACUAACCUGAUUAAUGAACGAGUGCAAGUUAAUGCUGAUUUACUUUGCAGUUUAUGGAGAAGUAGGGAGAUUUCCGUUGUCGGUUUUGUGCAAGGAAAGAGCAUUAAAGUUUUGGAUUAAAAUUGUUAUGAAUCUGCAGUCACCAGUUUAUGAUAUAUAUUUAGACCAAUGCAUCAAUGGUAAUGAUAAAUGUUGGGCCAAAUGUAUUCAUACAGUUAUAAGGAAUAUGGGUUUUCCAUAUAUUUUAGAUAGUUUUGUUGUCAAUAUCAAUUAUGAAAAGUUAUUUAAACAACGACUAAGAGACCAAUUUUUACAAGAGUGGCACGACUGUAUUGAAAAUAUGCCAAAACUUGAUUAUUACAAGAAAUUUAAAACACAAUUUUGUUUCGAGGAAUAUCUCAAUAUUGUUAAGAAUGACAACUUACGUAAACAGAUGUCUUGCUUUAGAUUGUGUUCUCAUACUUUAGAAAUCGAAACAGGAAGAUACACAGGGACGAGCAGAAAUGAAAGACUUUAUAAAAUGUGUACGCAAAAGAACGUUGAAUCGGAAUACCACUUUUUAUUAUGUUGUCCUUUAUAUUCAGAGCUAAGAAAAUCAUUUAUAAAACCUGCAUCUUUUCCAACACUGAAUAAGUUCUGCCAUAUAAUGUCAAUGAAAAAUAAAGGUAAAAUAUUGAAAUUAUGUAAAUUUAUAGAUAAAGCAUUUGCAUUAAGAUCUGGUGUUAUAGGAACAAUUUUAGAAUCGUAAUAUUACAUUUACACUGUUGUUUUUUUGCAUGAUAUUUAUGUGAUUUGUAUGAAUGUCAAAUUUCAAGUGUUGUAUAUAUUAUGUUUUGUAUGUAUUGCCAAAGGCAAGAAUUUGCCGAAAAUUGCAAUAAAAUUUGAACUUUGAA